CUCUCUCUCUGGGACCGAGUCUUCAGAUUCAACUUCUGGUGGUCUUUUAAACAAGAGGGCGGGUUCGCACGAAAAACCAGCUCCUGCGUUGCGUUAUCUUCCACAGGCGAGGCGGAGACCCAGGCCGUUGUCGGAGAAGAAGGCUCUCAACGAACGCACAGAUCCCAUUAGCUUCUAAGAGCAUUAAGAGAUGGCGGAAGCAGAGGAUAUUCAGCCCCUUGUAUGCGACAAUGGAACUGGAAUGGUUAAGGCUGGAUUUGCCGGUGAUGAUGCUCCAAGGGCUGUUUUCCCCAGCAUAGUGGGUCGCCCUCGCCAUACUGGAGUCAUGGUUGGCAUGGGCCAAAAAGAUGCUUAUGUUGGUGACGAGGCUCAGUCCAAGAGAGGUAUCCUGACACUCAAGUAUCCAAUUGAGCACGGGAUUGUUAGCAACUGGGAUGAUAUGGAGAAGAUAUGGCAUCACACUUUCUACAACGAACUUCGUGUGGCCCCAGAGGAGCAUCCAAUCCUCUUGACAGAAGCUCCUCUCAACCCCAAGGCAAAUCGUGAAAAAAUGACUCAAAUUAUGUUUGAGACAUUUAAUGCUCCUGCUAUGUACGUCGCUAUUCAGGCUGUCCUCUCCCUUUAUGCGAGUGGUCGUACUACAGGUAUUGUUCUUGACUCUGGGGAUGGUGUCAGCCACACGGUCCCCAUAUAUGAAGGUUAUGCGCUCCCACAUGCGAUCCUCCGUCUUGAUCUGGCUGGCCGUGACCUCACCGACUACCUCAUGAAGAUUCUGACUGAGCGUGGCUACUCUUUCACCACUACAGCAGAGCGUGAAAUUGUAAGGGACAUCAAAGAGAAACUGUCGUACAUUGCUCUCGACUAUGAGCAAGAGCUAGAAACAUCCAAGACAAGCUCUGCCGUGGAGAAGAACUACGAGCUGCCCGACGGGCAGGUCAUCACCAUUGGCGCUGAGAGGUUCCGAUGCCCUGAGGUCCUUUUCCAGCCAUCCAUGAUCGGGAUGGAAGCUGCUGGCAUUCAUGAAACCACGUACAAUUCCAUCAUGAAGUGCGACGUUGAUAUCAGGAAGGAUCUGUACGGAAACAUUGUCCUCAGCGGUGGCACAACUAUGUUCUCGGGUAUUGCCGAUAGAAUGAGCAAGGAGAUCACAGCCCUGGCCCCGAGCAGCAUGAAGAUUAAGGUUGUGGCGCCACCGGAGAGGAAAUACAGUGUCUGGAUCGGAGGUUCCAUCUUGGCCUCUCUCAGCACGUUCCAGCAGAUGUGGAUUGCGAAAGCAGAGUACGACGAAUCUGGACCGUCCAUUGUUCACAGAAAAUGCUUCUAAGAUUGUAAAAGAGAGGACACACACCCAUCCAUCAGAUGCUACUCAUAAUCUGCUUACUACCUACCCACCCACCCUUACUUUUAUUUUUUGUUUGUUGUCUGUCAAUGAGUCUUGUUAAGAUUUGUGCAUUGGACAUGGAAAUAAUACUACAUUCCCCCCCUGCCAGACAUUUUUACAUAAAUUUGUAGCAGCAGCACAGCUGUGUAUUGUCAAUGGUGUUAUGGUUUGAGUUUUAGAUUGAAUGCAAACUCACAUUAUCAUUAAUAUUAAUACAUCCUCUUGGUGCAAA